AUGGCCUGCCGAGACCAUUUGAAGGGACAAGAGGCGCGUUCUCAGCUCGAAGCUACCAACAUCCAAGGAACACUUUCCGUCCUUCAGCUGGAUGUUGAAGACGACACUUCCAUCUCCAACGCGGUCAGGACUAUUUCCGAGCAGUUCGGAAAAGUCGACGUUUUUAUCAGUAACGCAGGCACAACCUCGCCUGGUUCAACUGGGCGGGAUAAGAUUGGAAAGAUAUUCUCAACAAACGUCUUCGGUGCGAUGCUUGCCUCGGAGGCCUUUGUUCCUCUUCUGCUCCAAUCUUCUCGUCCAUAUCUCAUUCAAAUAUCCAGCGGGCUGGGAUCACUGGCACUUGCAGCUGAUCCAAAGAGUGAGCUUAGUUUGGCGCCUUGGGAUGAAUACCGCAUGAGCAAAGCUGCGUUGAAUAUGAUGACUAUUCAAAUGCAUAAGCGACUUAAGGAUCAGAAUGUUCGGGUUUUUGCUUUUUGUCCGGGUCUUGUGAGAUCAAUGCUGAGGGGUGAUUCUGAAGAAGCGAUUAAUGCUCAUGGUCGGGCUGGCGAUCCUAUGGAAUCGGGGAAAGCAAUUAUGGAGAUUAUAGUCGGACGGAGAGACAAAGAUGCUGGCAAGUUUAUUCACAGAGACGGAUGCUAUCCUUGGUAG